AUGGGCGUCAUUCUCGAAUAGAAUUGAAGUGAUCAAGUGUUUAAGAAAGCAGAAUCCUGGGCUGGGGUUGUGUGGCUGUUGGUAGAGUGCUCCAUUGAAUGAAUGCCCCACUAUCAUUUAAACUUGAUGAAGUGCCAUAUUGGGCAGCAAAUACAGAUGGGUCUCUGUGAGUUCAAGGUCAAUCUGGGGUACAUAAAACAGAGAAGACCAAGAAAAUCAAAGAAGGUGGGAUCCCAGUGCGAACAAUCCAGCUAACUGAACCACGGAUGCUGUGAAGACUGACCGGGCUAAGCUAAGCGCAUGCCCAGUAGGUGGUUGGCGCGGAGUUUGCGCAGUAGUGGGAAUUCAAGCCUCAAAGCUUCCCGCCUGCGCACAGUCAGGAGCAGGCCCAACCCACUUUUGAAGGUGACGCUAACAUUAUCCACAUCCGGUCGAACCUCACUGUACCCCUUGGGACUGGACGCUCUCUCCGGAACGAUUCCCGCCUCUUCCGUGUUUUGGUGCGCACGGUUCUGUCAGACGCAGCGGCCAUUGGCUGUCGGUCGACUCGAGAGCAGCGAUUGGCUGUCGCUUGUCGUCGCUCAAACGCCUCAGGGUAUAUGGUGUGAGGUGGGUGGGGCGCUGGGCAGCCCAGCGGCGCUGGCAGGAAACCAGACAGAUUCUUGAGAAAGUGCUGGUCCAUCUCUACUGAAAAAAGCCAUGAGAUACUGAAAAGUACCUGCUGGCUCUCGGUGGGCUGCUCGCCUGCACUGGAACACAGUCUUACAGCUCUGCAUUUCUUCCUCUUCUUCUGGGCCAAAGGCCAUGUCACCUCCUGGAAAAGUUCCCCGGAAGGAGAACCUGGGGCUCCAGUGUGAGUGGGGGUCCUGCUCCUUUGUGUGCUCAGCCAUGGAGGAGUUCUUCGACCAUGUCACUCAGCACCUGCAGCAGCACAUACAUGGCUCUAAGGAGGAGGAAGAAGAGGAGGAUCUGCUAGAGGAAGAAUUCUCCUGCUUGUGGCAGGAGUGUGGCUUUUGCUCUCUGGACAGUUCUGCCGACCUCAUCCGCCAUGUCUACUUCCACUGCUACCACACCAAGCUGAAACAGUGGGGGCUGCAAGCCUUGCAAAGCCAGGCUGACCUCAGCCCCUGCAUCCUGGACUUCCAGAGCCGGAACGUCAUCCCUGACACCCCUGACCAUUUCCUGUGCCUGUGGGAGCAUUGCGAGAGUGUCUUCGACAAUCCUGAGUGGUUCUAUCGGCACGUGGAUGCGCACAGCCUGUGCUGUGAAUACCAAGCUGUCAGCAAGGACAACCAUGUGGUGCUGUGUGGCUGGAAAGGCUGUACCUGUACCUUCAAGGACCGGUGUAAGCUUCGAGAACACCUCCGCAGCCACACCCAGGAGAAGGUGGUGGCCUGUCCCACUUGUGGGGGCAUGUUUGCCAACAACACCAAGUUCCUAGAUCACAUCCGUCGGCAGACCUCAUUGGAUCAGCAGCGUUUCCAGUGCUCCCACUGUUCCAAGAGAUUUGCCACAGAGAGGCUCUUGCGUGAUCACAUGCGGAACCAUGUGAAUCACUAUAAAUGCCCUUUGUGUGACAUGACCUGCCCACUGCCUUCUUCCCUCCGGAAUCACAUGCGCUUUCGACACAGUGAAGACCGGCCCUUUAAAUGUGACUGUUGUGACUACAGCUGUAAGAAUCUGAUUGACCUCCGGAAGCACCUGGACACCCACAGCAAGGAGUCAGCCUACAGGUGUGACUUUGAGAACUGCAGUUUCAGUGCCCGAUCGCUCAGCUCCGUCAAGUCCCAUCACCGCAAAGUGCAUGAAGGAGACUCAGAGCCAAGGUACAAAUGUCAUGUCUGUGACAAAUGCUUCACUCGUGGCAACAACCUCACUGUGCACCUUCGCAAGAAGCACCAGUUCAAGUGGCCCUCAGGACACCCUCGUUUUCGGUACAAGGAGCAUGAGGAUGGCUACAUGCGGCUACAGCUAGUUCGGUAUGAGAGUGUGGAGCUGACACAGCAGUUGCUGCAGCAGCUACAAGAAGGAUCAGAUCCAGGAUUGGCACUGAAUGAGAGCAGCCUCCAGGGCAUCGUUCUAGAAACAGUGCUAGGGGGGCCAGGACCUGAGGAAGAGACAGAAGAAGAAGGUAGGGUUGUUGAGGGGACAGCCCUCUCAGCUUCUCAGGACAACCCCAGUUCUGCCCUCCAUAUGGUCAGUCAGACAGAUGCCCAAGGCCAGCGAGACCUUGUCUACUAUGUGCUGUCCGAAGCCCCAGGAGAGCCCCCGCCAGUCUCUGAAGCACCCUCAAGAGAGAUGGAAAAGCUUCAAGGGAUACCCGAGGAGCCAGACGUCCAGAUGGGCUGAGGCUGCAGAGCCUGACCAGUCCUACUCCAGAUCUUGGAGUUUGAACCAGGCAGGAAGCAGUGCCCAGCGGGCAGCCUUUGUUCUUGGAUGCCUUUAGAAGUGGUGCUGAGAACAGUGUUUCCCCUCUGACUCAGGAGACAUCAUUCUGUAGACUCUGGGGAGUUUGGAUUCACUGAGGAAAUCCUACAUGUAUGUUCUCAGGAGCUGUUACCAGGUUUAAGCAUACUCCCUUGGCAUGCUAGACAGUGAGUAAAUAUUUAGUCCACAUCCAUUCCAAUCUCCCAUCGACCCAGGGAUGAGGGACUGUUCCUUAUGAGGGCCGUUUCCUCACUGUAAGUUAAGCAUUGAGAACCAGGUGCCAUUUCUCUCAAGGUUUCCCUUUACAUUCCAGGGACACUUGUUAUCUUCAGGGACAGGAUUGGGAUACUGUGUGUGUGUGACAGUUAUUUUUUUGGGAAUAAAAGAAACACUUGGGGUGUUACUUAUUUCUCAAGUUUGAUGGCAAUUAACUAAGUAACGGAUAUAGCUGCCUAGAAGUAGAGCUGGAUAGUCAGGCCUCUCCCUUUCGUAACCAGGACGGCUUCUUUAGCUGUCGUGUGCCCAUUUAGAGGAGGAGGUCCCUUCCUCUAGGGCAUCUUCCACCUCUGUGGAGGGACGCUCCAUGUACUUGGCCAUGAGCGAAUGCUGCAAUGUUACAGAAUGGAUACAAAUGGCAGCUGUACUGCACCCUCAGUUCUAAUUACAGCCCUGUGCCUCUAGGGUAGGCUGCAUUGGAAUCUGGAAUGGAGGUGGUUCGGGAAGUCACCCCGAGAAUGGCAAGUACUCAAGACCAGGAAUCAAGCUAGAAAAUUGUGUGUCUAUAUAGUUUCCUAAGAGUGGAUCUAUUUUGAUAAGAUUGUAUCACAUGUAUAUUCACUUGUUUUUCUGUGUAUGUAAGAAUACCACAGUCAAGCAGUAUCCAUGCAGGUAAAAAGAGGGUGACCAAUCUUCUGGAACUGGACAGGUGGGUGCUAGAAACUGAGUGUGGAUCUUUGCAAGAGCAGCAAGUGCUCUUAACUGCUUAGUUAUCUCACCAGCCCCUUUCAUUGUGAGCUUGAAGUUGAAAUUACUCAAAAGAAGAACCACACCUUUAAUUCUAACACUUAGGAGGCAGAGGCAGGCAUUGGAUUGCUGAGGUUAAGGCCAGUCUGGUCUACAGAAUGAGUUCCAGAACAGCCAGGGCUACACGGAGAAACCCUGUCUCAAAAACUUAAAAAAAGUGUAGUAUAUGUUUCAGUGUGUCUGUGUCCGCAGGAAUGUGGUAUGUGCAAACUGGCUGGCCAGGGAGCUUAGGAAUUUGCCUUUCUCUGCCCCUGCCCAGCACUAGGUUACUUUGAUGUAAGUGUUGGGUGUCUGGACUCAGAUCCUUGUGCUUGUAGAGCAAGCACUGACCAAGCCGUCCCCAUAACCCCUGUUCGGCUAUUCCCAAGCACAUUCCCUCUCGUUUGCUUCUGUCAGUCCAUGAAUAAAGGGAAUGGGUGCUCUCAGGGACUUUAGAUGGCUGCCAGAGAAGGGUUUCUGAACUUCAGCCUCUUCCAGGAUGAAGCCUCCUAAACUAUCCAGGUGACUAUGUCUAACUCCAUCUAUGCUCAGCAGGAUCUUCCUCAACUACUCCUUCUGACUUGGCUCUUCUGUUUUGUAAUUGGUAAACAAGGCCCUGACUUUCAUUCCCAGCUUUGCUAAAACUAUUAAAAAAAAAAAAAAAACAAAAAACAGAAAAACCUUGGAUGGUGGUGGUGCAGGCCUUUAAUCCCAGCAUUUAAAGACUGCUCAAACAAAUGGGGCUUUUAAAAGCUGGAUCUCUGUGAGUUUGAGGAUAGCCUGGUCUAUAGAGAGAGUUCCAGGACAGCCAGGACUACAUAGAAAUCCUGUAUUGCAGUGGGAGUUGGGGAUAAUGAGGACUGUUGCUUUGAGAGGCACAGCUUCAGAUAUUUUGGUUGUCUUCCUGCCCUGCUUCCUGGGUGCUGGGAUUACAAGUAUGUACUGCCAUACUUAGCUCCCGGUUUCUCACUGUGAAAACUGCCUGUUACAGAGAUGUAGUCAUACACACCUUAAUACCAGCAUCCAGGAGAGUCCAGAAGAUCUCUUUUUUUUUUUUUUUUUUUUAAAGAAUUAUUUAUUUAUUUCAGGUAUAGGAUACAUUGUAGCUGUCUUCAGACACAGCAGAAGAGGGGCAUGGAACCCCAUUACAGAUGGUUGUGAGCCACCAUGUGGUUGCUGGGAAUUGAACUCAGGACCUCUGGAAGAGCAGCCAGUGCUCUUAACUGCUGAGGCAUCUCUCCAGCCCUCCAGCAGAUCUCUUGAGUGGUAGGUCAGGCUGGUCUAAGUUCCAGGCAGCCAGGGCUAUGCAGAGAAAGACUGUCUCAGAUAAUACAGGUAAAAUUAGUAAAAAAAAAAAAAAAAAAAAAAAAAAGAUUUUGCUCUUGUUUCUGCUCUGUUUGCUCUUCCUCCUCCCUCCUCAUUUCCCUCUCCCAUCUCUCACCAUGCUCUCAUGGCCAGCCUCAACUCCUCUAUUCUCUCCCUGACUUUCUUUAUCUUUACUCUCUCAACUCCCCUCCCCAUGCCCUGAAUAAACUCUAGUCUAGACUUAAAAAAAACAAUCUAUCAAUUCCUAUUGAGUCUUUGCUAUAGCUUAGGCAGAUUACUAAAAACACAAAGAUACGAACUUGGGACUUUGCUGCUGGAGGGCCUUGCAAACAGGACAAGAGUGACAGAGAGCCAGAGUCAGAAGAGAGGCUUGGGUGGAGCUCAGGAAGAUCCUGCUUAUCAUGGAAGAUGACGGUGGAGAUGGUUAGUUAGACAUAGUUACAUGUAGAAGUUAGGAAAGACGAUCCAGGAAGAGGCUUCCUCAUAACCAAUAACAGAAGGCACCUUAGAAGGAUUGCAGCGCAGCGCCUAAUUUUCUCAUGUGCAUACGUAACAAAAAUUGAAAAUACUGAACCCUAACUUUGAAGGGUUUGGUGCGAUGGGGAUACAGGGACCCAGGAGUUAGGAACUAUGGAGACUGCUUCUGUGGGACAAGUCCACACCCUCAGAAGAGUGCCUGAAUAUUAAAUGAAUGAGUAAACUGCUCAGGACUGUAAUAAAUGGAAAAGCAUGAUCCUUCCGUGUGUUGUAGCAGGAAGAGGUGAAAAAAAAUCAUCCCCAGACCAUGUUGGGAAUUGAACUCUGGUCCUUUAGAGGCAAAAAAGAUGAGCCAGAGGGUGUUACAAGACUUCAAGUUCUACUGAGGGAAGGAAGCUAAAGAAACAGUCUUUGGUUAAGAUCAUGACCUUAUAGUAUUUACCUAGCAAACCAUAAAUUCAGUUUCCAGUGGUGAUAGUUAAUUGUCAAUUUGACAAUUUUGAAUCACCUGGGCAGAGAGUCUCAGAGGGACUGUCUGGAUCGGGCUGACCCCUUGUGGGCAUGUCUGUGUGGGAUUAGCUUGAUUGAUUAUGUUGAGGUAAGAAGACCCACCCACUGUGGGUGGCACCAUUUCUUGGGCAGGCAGAUCUGUAACGGAGAAACAGCUGAACACUGGUAGGCAUGUGUACGUUUGUUCAACUGUGAUGUGUGUCACGUUCCUGACCCUUGACUCCCCUAUAGUCUGUAACUUGGAAUUAUGAGCCUUAUAAACCCUUUGUCCCUUAAUCCCUUAAAGUACUUUGAGCAGGAUAUUCGUCACAGCAGUAACAUAUACAUGGAUUGGAGGGGUGGCUCAGUGGUUAAGGGCACUUGCUGUUCUUCCAGAGGAUUUAGGGGCAAUUCUGAGCACCCAGUUCCAGGAGAUCUGAUGCCCUCUACUGGCCUAUGUGAGCAUGAAACAUGCAUGUGGUAUGCAGAUAUACAUGCAGGGAAAACACUCAUACAAAAAAAAAUCCUAAAAGAAAGACUUUUAUAGAGAACAUGACAUUCUGCAGUUUUAGAGAACCCCUCACUUCCUAUCAAAGGAAGUCACAUAGGAGAGAAAAAGGUGGUGCUUCAGGGGCUAUGAGUGUAGCUCAGCGGUAGAAUAAUUGUUUAAAUGCUUGAGUUAAAUUUAUGUCAUACCUGGGUGUGAUGGUGCCUUUAAUCCUGGUAGACCUCUGACUGGUCUACACAAUAAAUUCCAGGACAGUCAGGGCUACACAGAAAUACCCUCUCAAAAAGCUAAUGUUGCUAUUUUAUAUUGUAUGUUAGUCUCUGUUGCUAUAACAAAAAAACCAAACAAACCUAUGGGGUAUACAAGGCAAAACAUUUAUUUUUGGCUCAUUUUUUAGGGGUCUCAGGUCAUGCCUGCAGUCGUCUUUGGGCCUAUGGUGAGAAAUCAUGGUGCAGAGAGAAUGUGGGGGAGGGGACUGCUCAGCUGUGGGGGCCCAGGAGCAGGAAGACAGGGACAGAUACUCUCUUUAAAAGCAAGACUGUCUCUGAAGAUCAUCAUGCCAGAGUUCAAGAAAGGCCACCAUUCCAUGUCUGUGUUCAGGAGCCAAGGAAGAGAGGAUGAACUUUGCUGCUGUACCAUGGAAGGGAGGAAGCUCUCUCCUUUUUGGUCACCUCCUUUCUGUUCUGAACAGCAUCUCCCCAAUUGUCCAGCAGAGACUCUUAUUCUUGACAAAUUUAAAAUCUUGAAUUGAGCCAGCUGGUGGGCAAGAGAGAUCACAGUGGACAAAGAAUCAGAGUUCUGGAAACAACUGGGCCAGAUCCUGAGUCUCCAGUCUAAGUCCUUUCUGGAUCCCACAGAACUCCACCACACUCCUUCCCCCCCCCAUAAAGCUUACCAACUGUUCACACAAAUCCUUGUCUAGAGCAGCCUGUUGCUUAGAUUAACGCUUAGCACUAAGCUGAGAUGAGAAUUAUCAACCAUUGCUGUGUCUGGUCAUAAAAAAUCUGCUUCGAUGGGGAGGGCUGGGUAAAAAUGGGAGGAUUCUCUCAGGAAAAAAAGCAUAAAUCUUAGGGAAUAGGGAGAAGAUCCAUUUGGACAUUAAGAAAAGUCUGGGGAUGGCUUUAUUCUAAGGAAGAUGGGGUAUCUAUAUUAAAGCAAAGACCCACUGUAGAUACUAAGUCAGAACCUUGCGAGUGGAACCCUGCACGAAGGGUUUGGAGUGAACAGUAAAGUCUGACAACCACUCUUGGUAAAUUAUGAGGUCUAAGUGUGCAAUAAAUGUGACUUCUCCUUUGCCAAGAAGUGGGGUAUUGUUAUGGAGAAAGAAACUGAUCCUGAGUCCUGAAUAGCAUGCCCCCCUUCCCCUGCAACACAUCCCCACCCCUACCCAGCCCCCUAGUACUAUAUGGUUUCUGAGAAUCAGAAGGCUGUCCUUGAACUCAGCAUCAUCCUCACUCAGUGCCAGGACUAGGGCACGUGCUUCCAUGCCUGGCCGGUUAUGCUGUGUGUUUUACCAUCUUUAUGAUCCUGAUGAGGUUUAGAGAUGAGGAAUCUGCUGAGGAGAAGAUCCAGUCAAUGGGGUGGGGCUGGAGAAAGAUGGUCAACAGACACAAAAAAAGCUUCUGUAUGAAGUGCUGGGGGUUGAGCCACCGAAUUGUACCCUCAGCCCUGGGAAAACAAUUUCUGAUGUGUUGUAUAACACAGUGGGCUAACUGUGGGUGCCAGUAAUUGGAUACUUCAAAAAAGCUAGCAGGUUGUAUAUACCCAACAAAAAGAAGUGGUAAAUCUGUAAGGAGAUAAGAUAAUAUACCAUUAUUCCAGUGUGGGGGUUUCAAUAAGAAUGGCCCCCAUAGGCUCAUAUAUUUGAAUGCUUAGGAAGUGGCACUGUUUAAGAAAGAUUAGGAGGUGUGACCUUGUUGGAAGAAGUGUGUCACUGUGGGUGGGCUUGGAAGUUUCAAAAGGCUCAUACCAGGUCCAGAGUGGCUGGCUCCCCCCACCCCCCACCUCUGGUUGUGGAUCAGGAUGUAUCACUCAGCUACUUCUCCAACACCACACCUGCCUGCCUCCCCCUGCCCUUCCCCCAUCCCCACCCCCAUGCUGUCUGCCAUGGUGAUAAUGGCCUAGGCCUCUGAAACUGUAAGGAAGUCCCCAAUUAAAUGCUUUCUUUUAUAA